AUGGCACUACAUGAUCCUCAAUUUGCUCUUGUUUUCGGCCUUCUUGGCAAUGCGGUGUCUUUGUUAGUAUAUUUGGCCCCAUUGCCAACAUUUUAUAGGAUUUACAAGAGAAAAUCAACUGAAGAAUUCCAGUCCAUACCAUACUCAGUUGCACUAUUUAGUGCCAUGUUAACACUCUAUUAUGCAACUCUCAAGACAGAUGCGCUUAUGCUUGUCACUAUCAACUGCACUGGAUGUGUCAUUGAAUCCAUCUAUCUCAUCAUCUACCUAAUAUAUGCACCUAGGAGCACAAAGAUGUAUACAUUGAAGCUGUUUAUGUUGUUUAACUUCGGGUUAUAUGCCUUGAUCGUCCUAUUGACAAGCCUAUUCUCACAUGGGUCUCGGAGAACGAAUGUUGUUGGAUGGAUCUGUGCUGUUUUCUCUUCGCCAAACAUCCUAGGACUUGUGUUUGGAAUCGCUCAGAUGAUGUUGUACUUCAUCUAUAGAAACAAGAGGAACGAGAUUGUCUUGCCUGAAACACAGUCACAAGCUGAGCUAGCAAGUGCCGGUGAUCAAAGGAACAAAGAUGAUGAGACCAAAGAGAAUUCUAAUGCCUACGGAUCCAAUCAAGUAGAAGAAACAGUAUGA